UAUAUUUGAAAAAUGUAAAUUCCAAAAAAAAAAAAAGAGAGACUUGAGUAUGCUUCAACUGGGUAGGAUCGUACGGCAAUGGCCGAUUUUGAAGGACCAUUAUUGUGCUUUGGCGGCAUACCAUCGUUCUCCAUUAUCACAUUCCCUCCCGCCGAAGACGAAAACCACCCUUCAUCGUUUCGCAUCGACCAGAGUGCAUUCCGCUCGCCGCAACACCCAACGUCGAUCAGGCGGCCUUAUAUUGCCCAAGUCCCCGGUGCAGUCUGAUCUUCAGGUUGAACAAAACGAGAGCGAUUCGGAAUCCGAAGGGUUCAAGAGCAGAAACCAGUUGAAGCGCGAAGCUCAGCGCGCCGUGCGUUGGGGAAUGGAGCUCGUUUCCUUCUCCACACCUCAAAUCAAACGCAUCCUCAGUGUGGCUUCUCUUGAUAACGAUGUGUUUGAAGCCCUAAAUCUAGCGAAGAAAUUGGGUCCUGAUGUCCGAGAAGGAAAGCGAAGGCAGUUCAAUUACAUUGGAAAACUACUACGCGAUGUAGAACCAGAGUUGAUGGAUACGUUAAUUCAGGCUACAAAAGAUGGUGACCAUAGUAAGCUACGGACAUUAGUUGGUUCAAAGGCAUCAAUUGUUGAAGAUAGCGAGGACGAGUAUGAAGAAACGGAUAGUGAGGAGGAAGUGGAGGAAUUUCACAUUGAUAUAGCAACCAGAUGGUUGGAUGGCUUAAUCAGUAAAGACAUUGAGAUAACAAAUGAGGUUUACUCAAUUCACAAUGUUGAUUUUGAUCGUCAGGAAUUGCGUAAUCUUGUUAGAAGAGUCCAUAAAGCUCAAGAAAAACACAAAAAUGCUGUUGAGGAAAAUAAGGGAGAAAUAGAUGCUGCAGUUUCGCUCACUAAAAGGUCUCUCAAGCGUUUCCUCCUUUUACUUAUGAAGCAAAUGCCUAGUGCUUGAGUAUGUGAGAGUCCGAAUGGUAUUCUCUAAGUGCCACUUAUUAUUAAUUUUGAACGGUGUAUCUGUUACAUGCUUACACUGUUCCUCCAUUAUAGCUGAAAAAACUACCAAGUAUUAAUUCUCACUAACUAAAUAAUUAUUUAUUCGCAAAUGCAUUUACUUGGCCUUGUGCUGCAAGUAUUGGGAAUAGGAUCUGGUUUCUAUGGUAUUAGAGGUCAGAUUUUUUUGGUAUAGUCUCAGCUUUUAAUCUUGAGUUUCAUUCCGAACAAACCAAUAGCAGUAGUAGUGUAUUAGGAACUCUUUUUUUUCUUUCUUUCUUUCUCAAUUCACUUUUAUCCUUCAAGGGUCUGCCUUUUGAAUGGAGAUUGUUGAUGA